AUGCCCAUGCGAGGGUUGGCAGGGCGCUCCCUGAGGUGUCUCGCCGCCAUUUUGAAGGCGCUGGCGAUGAGGUGGCUCCGGGCACAUCAUGGCGGCCGGGGGGAAGCCCUUCUCCUCAGGCUGGGGGUCUGGGCAGUGUUGGUGGCAUCUCUCCUCCCUGGGGCGAGCGGCCAUCACCCACCCCCGGGCUAUGCUGUCUAUGAGCUAGUCCACCCGAGGAAGCUGGCCGCCAAGGCAGAGGCAGCCACAGGUGUGUCCUAUGUGCUGAGGGUGGAGGGGAGGAACCGCAUCCUCCGCCUCACCCAAAAGAGAGGGUUUGUGGUGAAAAACCUGCCCGUGGUCACGUACAGCCCGGAGGGGAGCAGGCUGGUGGAGCAGCCCCACAUCCCUGAGGACUGCUUCUACCGGGGCUACGUGGAGGACAGCCCCGGCUCCAUCGCCACGCUCAGCAUCUGCUGGGGGCUGAGGGGGCAGCUGGAGAUGGGGAACCUGAGCUACACCAUUGAGCCUGUGCCAGGAUCCCUCAGCUUCCAGCACCUUCUCUACCGGCGAGAGGCGACCCAGAGCAAGCCCUUGAUGUGUGGGGUGACGAACGAGGUGAUGCGAGCGCAGCUGCGGGAGAUGGGACCUCAAGCAGCCUUGAGGAAGCAUGUCUUCUGUCGGGGGCUGAAGCACACCACCUAUGUCGAGGUGUUUGUCGUGGUGGAUUACUCCCUGUUUUCCUUCCAAGGGAGCAACGAAACCUCCGUGAUGCUUCUGGUUACAAAUACCAUCAAUUUAGCCGAAACCUACUUCAACAGCCUGAGGAUACGUAUCUGCCUGAUCGGGAUGGAGAUCUGGACACACAGCACCUUCAUCAGGCACAGCCAGGAUAUAGAAGACGUCCUCAGGAGUUUUAACCACUGGGCAAACAGGGAUCUCUCUCAGCGGAUGGCGUACGACAUUGCCCAUCUAUUCACUUACAUGGACUUCGGGCUCAUCGUUGGGCUGGCGUACGUAGGAACCAUCUGCUUCCCGGGGUACCGCUCGGGUGUUGUCUCACACAUACGGAGAGAUUUCACAGCCUUCUCGCUUAUUUUUGCUCACGAGCUGGGUCACAAUCUGGGCAUGGAGCACGACAAGGAGAACUGCAUGUGCGGGACAGCCUCCAAGUGCUACAUGACAGGCCACUCGCUCACCGGUGCCGAGGGCUUCAGCAACUGCAGCAAGCAGUACUACUUAGACCUGAUGAACAGAGGCCACGGCCACUGCUUGUGCAACAUCCCCGAGCCCCACAGGCUCCUCCAUUUUAAACACUGCGGCAACAAGGUGGUGGAUGAGGGGGAGCAGUGUGACUGUGGGGGGCUGGACUGCCAGGGUGACCCAUGCUGCCUCCCCAGCUGCAGGCUGAAGCCGGGGGCUGUCUGCUCCAUUGGGCAGUGCUGUCACAGAUGCCGUUUCCAUGCUGCAGGACACAAGUGCAGGUCGGAGGCAGAUGAGUGUGACUUGCCUGAAUAUUGCAAUGGGACUUCAGCGUGGUGCCCGGACGAUUUGUACGUGCACGAUGGGACACCCUGCAGCAACAACGGCUAUUGCUACCAUGGCAAGUGUGCCACCCAUGACAACCUGUGCAGAAAAGUCUUUGGGAAGCAAGCUCGUGGUGCUCCAUUGAGUUGCUUCCAAAAGCAGAACAUGAGAGGGGAUCGAUUUGGCAACUGCGGCGGUGAUGGCUCCAGAAUUGCUUUUGUGGGAUGUAAACCCCAAAACGUUCUGUGUGGAAGGCUGCAGUGUGUCAAUGUGAAGAAGAUACCCAUUCUGCAGAGGUCUAAAGCCAUUAUUCAGACACCAGGGCCGAAUGACUGGUGCUGGGGCACAGCCUACCAUGCCAGCAUUGAUACACCUGAUGUCGGAGGAGGGGCUGAGGGCACCAGAUGUGGGCCAAAAAAGAUCUGUAUUAACAGGACAUGCAUAGAUGCCACAGUCAAGAUGAAGUGCGAUGGGAAGGUUAGGUGUGGGGGGAAAGGGGUUUGCAACAACCUCGAACACUGCCAUUGUGAAGCUGGCUGGGCUCCUCCAGACUGCCAGUUCCAUGGCCUGGGAGGGAGCAUGGACAGCGGCCCUCCACCAGCUCUCGUGAUGACCAUGGGGGAGGCUGUCCGAACUAAAGUGUUUAAGAUAGUAAUGGGGAUCACAGUUCCCCUCACUGUCAUUGGGAUUGCUGUUGGCAUUGCUGUAGCCAAAUACAGAAAGGCAAAAGCUGCAAUUGCAGAAGGAAGUGAGGCUUCUGCAGAUGAGGAGCAGGUUGGCUAUCAGCAUGGUGCAUGUUCUUAUAUAGUGGAUUAA